AUGGUAUAUGGUUUGGGGAAUGCAGUAAUAAAGUUUUUAUUUUUUUCUGCCAAUCUACUUAUAUGUGUUUUUGGCGGCUUGAUAUUUGGCUUCUCAUUAUGGGCGAAUUUGGAUAAAAAUUUUGCGGUAAAUUUGGAGAAGCUGACGAAAGAGAUUCAUCAAGAAAAUCUAAAUAUGCUUUCUAAGUAUCAGGCAUCUUUGUGGAUACUGGUUGCAGUUGGUGCUCUAUUAUUUCUUGUUGGAUUCUUAGGUUGUUGUGGUGCACUUUGUGAAAGUACAUUAUUGUUGAGUUUGUUCUUUGUCAUCGUCUUGGUUCUGACUUUUAUUGAAAUGGGUGCGGCUAUUUUCGCUAUCACAAGCAAAAAUCAAUUCAAGGAAUCAUUACACAAACUUUUGAAUGAAGUGUCGAAAAAUAAAACAUAUAUGAAAAACUUAAAACCAAUUGAAGAUCUUUUCCAAUGUUGUGGUGCUACAGUAGAGACUCAAGAAGAGUUCAAGCGAGCAGGAUUAUGUGAAAAGGAUCUUUAUACAAAAGCUGAUUGCUUCAAAGUUAUAACAGACUGGAUCCAUUCAACCGGGGAAAUCGUUAUCGUGAUUGCAUUCAUUUUAUUCGUUAUCGAAUUAUUCGCAUUGUUGUCAACAUGCAUAUUGUGUCGUGCAUUCCGUACAAGAAGACCGUAUUAUUUUGCCUAA